UUGCUACACUCUUUAGCUCUUUCACAAUCGACGUCCUCUCCCGGAAUCGCACACACCAGAAGUAAUUCAACUCAGAACAUGGCGUUGGUGACGAAGAAGAGAAAAAAGACUCGGAUACAGCCACAUCUUCCUCCACGGGUGGAGGUAGCGAGCCACUGGGAGCUGAAUUUGAUGUGUUCUUGAAUUUCAGAGGGCCGGACACUCGUCUCAAUUUCACUGAUUUCCUCUAUCACUCCUUGAAUGGAGCUGGGAUUCGCGUCUUCUUAGACGAUGCAGAGAUCCGAAAAGGUGAACAGAUUGGAGGCGAGCUUCUACACGCGAUCAACGUCUCCAGAAUUUACAUCCCCAUCUUCUCCAAAAACUAUGCAUCUAGUGCAUGGUGUCUUCGCGAACUUGCUCAUAUGGUGGAUUGCUUGAGAAGAUCGAUGGACAAAGUGAUUCUUCCCAUAUUCUUCGACGUUGAUCCUAACGAUGUUAAGCUCAGAACUGAAUUAUACGUUGAUGCCUUGAAAAGGCAUGAGGACAGGUUCAGCUCCGAUGAAGUGCAACGCUGGACAGAGGCCCUAAGAGAGGUCGCUUCGGUCAAAGGAUGGCACUGCAAAGAUAGGGGCCAAGGGGAGCUUAUAAAACUUCUUACCGAUGAGGUCUCAAGGAAACUGUCAAGAGGAGCUCGAGUAGUGCCUGAUGAUUUAAUUGGAAUCGAUGAUCAUGUGCAAGCUGUGAUGGAUUUGUUAGGUAAAGAUUCUCUCGACAUACGAUUUGUCAUAAUACAUGGAAUGAGUGGAGUUGGUAAGACAACUCUUGCCAAAGUUGUUUUCAACCUAAUCACGUCUCAGUUCCAAGGUUGCAGCUUCCUAUCAGAUGUUCGAGAAUUUUCACAACAGGGUAAAAUUGUGAAAUUGCAAAACAGAUUAUUAUCUGACAUCUUUAAGUCUCCCUCCAUAAAGGUUCAUGACACUGACUCUGGGAUCAACGUGAUUAGAGGAAGAUGUCGCCACAAGAAAGUUUUGAUUGUUCUUGAUAAUUUGGAUAGAAGGGACCAACUUGUGAAGCUAGCACAAAAAUGGGAUUGGUUCGGUCCGGGAAGUAGAAUUAUAAUGACAACUAGGGACAUCAGUUUUUUGAAAAUUUACAAGACUAAUGCCUCAAUGCAUCCUGAAGUGUAUCACUUCUAUGAAAUGGAGGAGAUGCAUAGUUUUUUUGCCCUCCGACUUUUCAGUAGAUACGCAUUUGAUGCCGAUACUCCUCCCCUCCAAUAUGAUCGAAGAACAAGAGAUAUUGUGGAAGUCACUGGUGGACUUCCGCUAGCCCUCGUGGUUAUCGGAUCCACACUUUGCAACGAGAGCGAAGAAGUAUGGGAUGAUGUAUUAGCCAAGUUGAAGAAAAUGCCACACAAAGAAGUUCAGGCCAUAUUGAAGGUAAGUUAUGACAUGUUGGAAUAUGAGCAAAAAGAAAUAUUCCUUGACAUUGCAUGUCACAUGGCUGGUGAAAAAAGAAGUGAUGCAAUUUCCAUGUGGAGAGCUUGUGAUUUUUUUCCAAGCGAAGCCAUCUCAGUUCUUGUUAAAAUGUCUCUAAUAAAAAUUAUGAAUGACGACCUUUGGAUGCAUGACCAACUCAGAGAUUUAGGGAGGGAACUUGUUCGCAAGGAGAGCAUCAAACAUCCUGGAGAGCGUAGUAGGAUAUGGUCUUCCACCGUAGCCAUGGAUGUUAUAAAAAGAAAAGAGGGAACAACAAAAAUAGUGGCACUCAAACUAGGGGGACAAUCUCAAGGGUGCAAUAUUACACGUGAAGACAUUUUAGGGCUGGUAAAGUUAAGGUUCCUUGAAUUCGAUGGAGGAAACUUUGUUGGGGACUUCCGGAAUCUCCUUUUGGAGUUAAGAUGGCUCUCUUGGCAAAAUUGUCCGUCGGAGUUUCAAGCUAUUAACUUCUCUCCAAGCAAUCUGGUUGUUCUCAAAAUUUCAGAAUCUGACCUUACAAAUGAUUGGGGUGGAUGGAACCAGAUCAUGGGACAUCGUAGGUUAAAAGUCCUGUAUCUCGUGAAUUGUAGAAGGUUAAUCAAGACGCCUAGCUUCUCUACGUGCUUGACUUUGGAGAGACUCGUUGUGAAGGAUUGUGAAAGGCUGGUUGAAAUUGACCCAUCCAUUAGCAUGCUGCAGGAUUUGAAGCACUUGGAAAUUAAUGGGUGUAAUGGUUUGAGGAUGCUUAAAGGAGCUCCAACCGUGCUCAAUCCAGGCACAAUGUGUCAAUCAUGGUUAGACUCAUUGGGUAAUCUAAUGUGUCUAUCAACACUAAGGAUGGAAAAUUUGGAAUUCCUUGAACUUCCAGAUUCAAUAGGAGAGAUACCCAGUCUUCAACAGUUGUCUUUGAGUGAUUCAUCUGUGGAGAAACUUCCAGAGUCAAUUGGAAAACUGAUAUCUCUAGUCGAGUUGAAUCUAUCUCGCACAAACAUUAUAGAGCUGCCCAAUUCGAUCGGAGAGCUUAAGAGAUUGGAGGUGCUACUCAUGGAAAGCUGUAAAUUGAGAAAGCUACCUAAGGCAAUAGGGAUGUUGGAGAAGCUCGAAUAUUUAGAAGCUAGCGAUUGCAGAUUUUUGGAGGGAGAAAUUCCAAUGGAAAUUGAGGCACUAUCAUCUUUGAAAAUCCUAAGCUUAGGAAAUACCUGUAUUUCUGUAGUGCCACCAACUAUUAGUCAUCUUUCUCAACUUCACGAUUUGGGUUUGCGUGGUUGUCAUGAGCUUCAACAAUUGCCACAGCUUCCGACAAGUUUGGAAUCUUUGGACAUUUCAUCUUCAGCUUUACAGAGGAUUCCGGAUCUGUCAAACCUAAUCAACUUAGAAUACCUGUAUUUGUCUGAUGGCGAUCGUUCUAGAUCUCUUAAUAUGCCUCAUGCACCACCAAACGUAUGCCAAGCUCAAGAAUUGCAGUGGAUUGGGAGGUUAACUAAGUUGACGAGUUUGAGAUUGGACCUUUUAGACAUGACCAUGUUGCCUGCUGACUUAAGUACCCUUACCGCACUCCGUGUUCUUGAAUUACCAGGCCUCAGCUCUCAAUUUCUCGAGCGGAUUCCACCCAAUAUUGAGGGGUUGAGGUUCUUUGAUCUUGAGUCCACACAUGGAUGGUCAUGCCUUCACACCUUCAAAUAUUUGAACAGAAUAGAUGUAUGCAGGUCAUCCUUGACAGAAAUUCAACUGGAUGUGCUUGCACAGUUGGAGGACCUUCGCCAAUUGUAUAUAUUGGACUGUCAAUUCCUCGAGAGACUGUCUCGCAUGCAAAGCUUAAGAAAGCUAUGGUUUUUGGGGCUUACUAAUUGCCCACGGCUGAUUGAGGUUCAAGGUCUCGAAUAUUCAGAAUCAGUGGAGCAUAUACAUAUUAGUUCCUGCCCAUCUUUAAAAGAGCUACCUGAUCUUUCCAGCUUACAAAACUUGGAAACACUGCAUAUAUCUCACUGCGACUCGUUGGAAAGUUUGCCUGUUUUAGCGAAUAUGGAAACAUGUCGUAUUACUGUUGUCUCAUGCAGGAUGCUGCCUCGCGUUAUAUGUCCCUUUUCAGCUUUUGGAUCAGGAAGGUUAUGAUGGGCAGCUUCCAAUCCGCAAUCAGAAGUGGCGGCAUUUGAAUGCCUUGCUCAGAUUGCUCAUCAUCUUUUCUAUGUAUAUCUAUAUGUUGUGUGUACAAAACGUUCUUGCCCUUAGACUGAGAUUGAAAAGUAUCUAUACUUAGCUGUUUUUUUUUUUUUUUUAAUUUAUACAUAAGACGUGAUGAGUUUCGCUACAAGUUAUUUGGGUCAUUUGCUACCAGAAAUUUCUAAAUCGCCUUGCAAAGGUCUCCACGUCCUGGGCAAUGAAGAAAUGUAGGAUCUUCUCCGCCUGUAAGUUGGUGGCUGCCACAAUUACCUUGA